CUUUGGCGUAACGCCCCGGUUGCUAUGCAUCUAAUUCCGCCUCCUCCUCUAACCUGCUCCUGGUUGGUUGCUAAGGGAUUGCCGUAAAACUGUUUGAAGACGGCGGGAGAUUUUUGUUUUCGCGGCAGGACGGAGUAGAAGAGUCAGACAGAAUAUUUCAAAUAUAAAUAAAUAAUUAUUAAUGUUAAUUUAAGUAAAUAUAGAUUUAAAAAAACAAGACCGUUAAGGAAAAAAAAAAAGAGUUGAAUUUGUGUUUUUGUUCUUCUGCAAACAUUUGCUUCGCUUUAAAAUACGUUUAUUUCUGGAAUACAAAUUGAAUUACUGCACUUCAUUUUUGGUUGUUGUUUUGUUUAGUUAAACCCAAAGCGAUGCCGGUUCCCACGAGCAAGCAGCUUUCCGAAGAGCUGUCCGUGUUCGAUAUAAAGUGUGAUGACGAUUUGCUGGAUAAAAUGCUGGAGCAGUGCAUCACACACAGGAUUCAGGAGGAUGACGUGGUGCUGGAGUGGGUAGCAUUCAGCACAACACGAGGAGGCCUGGCUCUGUCCCUGGACAACCUGCACCUCUUUGAACUCGAGGUGCUGAAUAAGAAGGUUUGGAAGUCCAGGCAGACUGCAGUGAAGAAGGAGCACCAGAUGUACAACACCAGAGACUUCAGCAUGCAAGAGCAGAUGCAAGCAGAGGUGGAAGAGGAGGAUUUGUUGGACUCGUACUCGACCCCAGCUAAAGGCUCCCAGAAGAGGGCCUUGUCCACCCCGGAGAAUCCGCAGUCCAAGAGGAUCCUGUCUGUGGCCCCCAGCCCUCGCCUGCUGUUAUCACCAGCCAGCUUCUCCCCCAGUGCCACUCCCUCUCAGAAGUAUGGCUCGCGUGGCGGUCGUGGGGAGGUGGUCUGCUCGUUCGGGGCUGUGCAGGGCACCUGGAGGGGGCAAGGGGACAGCAGUGCCCAGGUGCAGCUCUACCAAGGGGGAAAAGACUCUGUCACCAAGAGCUACAAGUUCAUGUUCCAGAAGCUGCAGGACAUCAGAGAGGUUUUGAUGUGCAAGAUUGAAGACCUGGGUGACGUGCUGAAGAACCAUUUCAACAUCGAGGAGUUCUCAUCAACCUCUGCACCUGCGCAGGAGCCGGUAGUCCUGCUGGGUCAGAUCGGCUGCGAUAGCAACGGGAAGCUCAACUCCAAGUCUGUGAUCUUGGAGGGGGAUCAGGAACACUCCUUCGGAAUGCAGGUGCCAGUGGACCUCUCCGAACUCCGGGAGUACUCCCUCUUCCCAGGCCAGGGGGUGCCACUACCAUUCCACAAACCAAAGGAGCAAUCACAAGAAGAUAUGCUUGAAGGGGCCGGGCAGCACAUGGUUCUCGUGGCCUGUGGCCCCUACACCACCUCGGACAGCAUGAACUAUGAGCCCCUGAUGGACCUGAUUGAAGUUAUCAAGAGGGACCGGCCAGACGUCUGCCUGCUGCUUGGACCUUUCUUGGAUUCCAAGCAUGAACAAGUGGAGAGCGGUCAGCUGACAGCCACGCUGGACGAGGUGUUUCGACGCUGUGUGAAAGCGAUUGUCGAAGGAACCAGAGGCUCUGGCACGCAGCUGGUGUUUGUCCCGUCGCAGCGUGAUGUGCAUCAUGACUUCGUGUUCCCCCAGCCUCCCUUCCACCCGUCCCACCUCUCCCAGCUGUCCGGGGAGGACAGACAGCGUGUUCUCCUGCUCCCUGAUCCCUGCACUCUGGACCUCAGCGGCGUGGUCAUCGGGGUCACCUCCACGGACAUCCUGUUCCACAUGGGGGCCGAGGAGAUCAGCAGUGCUGCUGGUGGGGACCGAUUCAGCCGGAUUCUGAAACACAUUUUGACACAACGAAGUUACUAUCCCCUGUACCCCCCUGCGGAGGAGAUGAAUGUUGACUAUGAGCAGUUCCAGGCCUAUGCACAGCUUCCUGUCACCCCCGACAUCUUCAUCACUCCCUCUGAGCUGCGCUACUUCAUCAAGGACGUGAUUGGCUGUGUCUGUGUGAACCCCGGGCGGCUGACGAAAGGGCAGGUGGGCGGGACAUAUGGCCGCCUCUUUAUCAAGCGGGACGCCUCAUUGGAGCAGGGGAUGGAGAUGAGGAGCCCCUGUGCUGCUGCUGAGGUUGUGAAGAUCUGAGACUAGAAAUUGGACUGUCAAUCACACUGCGCUGCCUCCCGCCACACUUUAAGACUUUUACAACCUGGAGAGAGAACGCGAUCGCCAGCUGAUACCUCAAAUAAAAUUCUGCCACGUUUUGUGUAAUGCAGGUAAAACCCAUGCUUGAGUCUCAACAUCUCUCGGCAUUGUUGUUUUUUCACGCUGCUACACGUUCCAAGUCCCGUAAGUUAAUAAGUCUCCUAUUAUAAGAAAUGUCAUCUCGUGCAGUUUGGGGUUUGUCUGCUCAAACUGAAAUUUCUGUUGUGUCAAGAGACCCUCCACACGACGUAUUAACGUAUUAUAAAUCACAAGAAAGAAGAUUGCACUCUGGAAAUACUGUUAAACAAUACAAUAAAUCAAAUGUAUUUGA